AUGUCUGCCGAGGGCGUCGAUGCUGCCGCGCCGAACCUGAACCUGACCCCCGAAGAGAAACGUCUCUAUGGCCAACUGUUCCGCCAAGCCGAUACCGAAAGCGUAGGAGUUGUCACUGGCGAGACCGCUGUCAAGUUUUUUGAAAAGACUAGACUCGAUUCAAGGGUACUGGGAGAGAUAUGGCAAAUUGCAGACAAGGAGAACCGGGGGUUUUUGACCCCAGCAGGCUUCGGGUUGGUGCUGAGACUCAUCGGCCACUGCCAAGCUGGACGUGAGCCAACGACUGAGAUAGCCCUCCAACCAGGACCUUUGCCGCGCUUUGAUGGCAUGCCUCCUCCAGCCGGUCUCGCGUCUCCUACACCCCCGCCCGCUGCCGCUCUACAAGCCCAAGGCACUGGCAGCGGAUCCAUCAGGAUUCCUCCUCUUACACCUGAGAAGGUUAAUCAAUACUCUGGAUUAUUCGAGCGUCAGCCGCUGCAAGCCGGAAAUCUUCUGCCCGGCGAUGCGGCUAAGUCCAUCUUUGAGAAAUCAGGCCUACCGACUGAAGUGCUGGGCAGAAUCUGGCAAUUGGCCGACACUGAACAGCGCGGAGCAUUGGUUCUGACCGAGUUCGUUAUUGCCAUGCACCUGCUCACAUCAAUGAAGACGGGUGCUCUCAGAGGCUUGCCCAAUAUCCUCCCAGCACCUCUCUACGAGGCCGCAACUCGACGCGGACCUCCCGCUCCUAGGCAAUCACCCACUGCAACUGGGCCUAUCUCGGCAAUUCCGCGACAACUCAGCGGCACAGCCCAGUAUCGUGCUGGUAGUCCUCUUGGUCGCCCGCCCAUCACCGCGCAGACGACUGGCGCUCCUGCUAGCGACUGGCUAGUCACUCCUGACGACAAACAGCGCUUCGACGUCCUCUACAACGACCUGGACAAGACUCAGAAAGGUUUCAUCACAGGCGAGGAGGCUGUUCCCUUUCUCAGUCAAUCGAACCUCCCCGAGGACGCUUUGGCCCAAAUUUGGGAUCUCGCAGACAUCAACUCCGAGGGGCGUUUGAACAGAGACACUUUUGCUGUUGCCAUGUAUUUGAUCCGUCAGCAGCGAACUAGACGCGAUGGCACUGUUUCCCUUCCGGCAUCACUCCCACCAAACCUCAUCCCGCCUAGCCUACGAACGCAGGCCCGCCCUCAGACCUCAGGAUCUCCCUUUGAUGCUCCUCCUCCACCCCAAGCCCAGGCCCCAGUUCCGGCUCCCGCUCCCGCCCCGAAGUCUGCUCUUGAUGACUUAUUUGGCCUUGAUACGCCGCCAGCACCCGCUCCUGCUCAAGUUGCCCUGUCUACCGGUGGCUCGAAUGCGAACGAUCCGUUCGGCUCUGGCUCGGCUGUUCUAGCACCCUCGUCCCCUAUCCGGCCAUCGCCUACCGGCAAUCAGUUCAAGCCAUUCGUGCCCUCAUCCUCUUUCGGCCGUGGACUUACAGUUCACAACACUGGAGAUUCUAACUCCGGUCGGCCCCCUGCUCCCUCAGCAUCUGAAGAUCUUUUGGGAGACGGUGACCCUGAGGUCAGCAAAAAGUUGACAAACGAGACGGCCGAGCUUGCGAACCUGUCGAACCAGGUCGGCUCUCUGUCCAAGCAAAUGCAGGAAGUUCAGGGCCAACGCACCACAACGCAGAACGAGCUGAACCAGGCCAACUCCCAGAAGAAGAACUUCGAGCACCGCCUCGCCCAACUCCGUACCAUGUAUGAGAAGGAAGCUAAGGAUGUCGAAUCUCUGCAGGUGCAGCUCAAUACCUCGAGAAACGAGACGAAGAAGCUACAAGGCGAAUGCAUGACGCUGGACGGCACCUACCGAGACCUGCAGACGCAGCACCAGCAAGUGUAUGCAGCACUGCAAGCUGACCAGCAAGAGAACGCCAACCUGAAGGAGAAAAUCCGCAACCUCAAUGCAGAAAUCGCACAGCUGAAGCCCCAGAUCGAGAAGCUCAAGUCCGAGGCGCGACAGCAAAAGGGACUCGUUGCUAUCAACAAGAAGCAGUUGACAACUAACGAGGGUGAGCGUGAUAAGCUACAAAGUGAGAUCACUGAUCUCCAUAAGAGCAACGAGGAGCUGUCUCGCCAGGUGAACACAAGUUCUCCUGUCGCGUCGUCGGCUCAAGUAGCCAGCCCAACGCCCUCGACUGCCAGUGGAAACAAUCCCUUCUUUAAGAGAACGGGAAGCACUGAUAUUAUGGGUACUUUCACUUCGCCGCCGCCUGCCAAGCCUUCGAGUGGUGACAAGUCCUUUGACGAUGUCUUUGGGCCAGCGUUUCCCCCUGUCGGCACUGCCAGCACCCCGCCGCCAGCUACCUCCUUCAACCCGCAACACACAGGUGCGUCGACCGCUAGCGUGGGCUCGUUUUCGACACCUCCUGUCUCCAUGCCUCCCAAUAUCAGCAGGCAGGCUACCCUCGCAGCUGAGCCUCCUGCCCCCCCGCAGUCUAGACAAAUCAGUUCGAGCUUCCUGCCGUUUGCCGACGCGAACGAGUCUCUGAGCUCUUCUCGGGCUGUCUCGCCGCCCGCUUCUCGAGCCGAGGGUGAGGUCGAGACCCCCCAGGCAGCCUCCCUGCCUGGAGCCUUCCCCCUGGAGCCUACGGCUACGGGUCAGAGCACGGCAUCUACUUCAACUGCGAGCUUCCGUGAGUCAGCUGCUCAAGGUGAUGCGAAGCCUUCGAGCACUGGAGCUGCAGCCGCGGGCGUGGCUGCAGGCGUGGUUGCGGCUGCGGCUGCGACAGGCAGCGCUGCGGCGGAUUCUGACCCAUUUGCUGCGAUGGGCCCGAACGACGCCAAGGCUGAUUUCGAUGAUGCAUUUGCAAGCUUCACCAGCGCACACAAUAACUCUGACAAGUCGGGUGCUGACACAACCAAACCCUUCUCAGCUUUUGAUUCUGAAUUCCCACCCAUCUCCGAGCUUGACCGUGACGACGAUGACGACGAUUCAGAUACUGCCAGCGAAGGGGGCGGCUUUGAUGAUGACUUCGCCCCGGCGUCUCCUCAAGCGAAGAAGACUGAACCUCCCACGGAGCCCAAGGAUGCCGUUUCCCCGACUGUUCCGGUGGCUGCGGCUGCUCUUCCUGCGACUGAGGAUUCGGUCUCCCCUACGUCUAUCCAUAACGCUACUGCUACUGCUACGGCAGCACCUACUAUUCCCGAGACAUCGGAGGCUAGCAUUACCUCAGCGCCCACGACUACACAACAUCCGGAGCCCAAGGCCCAGUCUUCCUUUGACGAUCUUGAUGACGAGUUCGAGGGUCUAGAAGAUGCCAAAGAGGGUUCUGCCGAUGAUGACUUCCAGACAAUUUCUAGAUCUGGUUUGGAUGAUUUCAACCCAGUCUUCGACAGCAGCCCGCCACCCAGCCAAGCCAAGACAGAGUCUACUGCCUUUGGACAAGAGAGCAGCUACGACUUUGGAUCAGUAUCACCAAAACCGGCCGCUGGCGAGAUUGCUAGUGCGGCAUCGAAGAGCUCAGCAGCGGCUCCGGAUGCACAGGACUGGGAUGCCAUCUUUGCCAGUCUCGACUCACCCAGUGACGCUAAUGCAAACCCCACAGCAAGUGCUCCUGCCCCUGCUCCUGCUCCUCCUGCAGAGGAUACUCGGCCAACUCCUGGUAGAGCCCUGACACACACGGGCGAGCAUGAUGAUCCGAUUUUAAAGAACCUCACCAGCAUGGGCUAUUCGAGAGAGGACUCCAUUCUCGCUUUGGAAAAGUAUGACUACAACUUGGAAAGGGCUGCCAACUAUCUCGCAAGCCAGUCGUGA